UCAAGUUCUUCCAUAUCUUAUGCAAAAAGUAAAGAUGUGGGGUGGUCAUGCACUCACAGCAAAUAAUAUCUCUGCUUUAGUGGUGACAAAAUCAGCAAAUAUCAAGAAGAAAACUGGUCCUUCUUUUGGGAAAUCGGCACCAAAGUUUCAACAAAAAUCAAAUAACCAACUGUCUCUGACUACAAUGGCUCUUCAAUCAAAGAAAAAUUCGCUCUCUAGAAUAGACUGCAUUGUUGGCUUGCUUACCUCGGCUGAUUGCAUAGUAGCUCAAGAUCUUAUACGUAUAAUAGCCAAAUUUCCAAUAGCACUUCCUCUUGUGAUGCCAGACAUCGAGUGUGAAAAAGGAUAUAAAUUGAUGCUCCCACUUAUUACCGGCCCCAUAAUUAAAUGGGAAUCAAAACCAGGAGUAAUUGUAGAAAACCAUCUCUUCAGGAGUCCAUUUAAAUUACUUGUCGCUGUUCGACUUGGUGGAAACCAAAAAACACCAGGAAAAA